UAAGGUCUUACAGAUUAAAAAAAAAUCGCGCCCUUGGUAAUCUGUUUGGUUUUGGAAAAAAUGUUUGCACUGACCACCAUUCCGGGAUUGGAGACGUGAAAUUUGUUAAAGAUGUCUUGACUGACACCAUCGUCACCACAAAAUUCAAUUGUUCAAAAUUUGGACAUGACAGUCGAUUGAGCUGGCCAAGGAUGAAUAAAUGUCUUAAAAAGGAAUGCCCGAAUGGUUAUGCAUUUGAAGGUGAAUUUCCUCACAGGUUGGAUGACCAUGGGUCUUUCAGUUACAGCGCAAACUCGGAGUAUUCCGGUAUCACCCACGACGCCACUGCUUUUGUUGGUUGCCACUCUCGCAAGUGUUGCGCAUGUUUUGGUCCCAAAGGUGGAAGAGGUCAUUAUUGCGCUAACAGAUGCGAAAAGAAGAAUGGUGGGAUUGUUUUAAGAGGUCGGAUUCAGGUCUGGUAUUGGAUCAGAACACGAACGCCAGAACGCAAGUGGAAAAGAUGUAUGGAGUUCAAGAUGAAGACACCAGCGGGGAAAUUCGUAACAUAUCAUAUCGACAGACGUACUGGUGUUGCUCAGAAGGGUACAUGUUCAAAGCAAUUUGAUGCACUCUUGAAUGAAGGUACAAUUUUGGUAAACGACAAAGAAAGUCUUAACAAUCUUCCACCAGUGCCAGGAAUGAUUUCAUUUCGGAAGGACAACGAUAAACUUUACGUGAACAAAGAGGAUGGAUGGGAUGAAAUAGGAAGCGAAGAAGCGACUAAAAAUUUAACAGCAAAAAUUUUCCAGCGAGAUUUUCGUGUUCGAAAACUGAUGAAAAAUCUAAAUACAAGCCUGCGAACACUCUUUAACAAAAACUCUCAACAAGACUCCCAAACCAAACGCCUGAAGACGAGCAUAAAUACAACCUUCAAGAGAUUUAGCGACAAAAAUUCACGGCAAGAUGCACUAGUUCAAAGCCUGGUAGCAAAUCUGAGUUUAAGUUUGCGCUUCCUCAACAAUACGAAUUCUCAACAAGACUUUAAAGCUCAACGUCUGGAGACGAGAUUUGGUGAGAAACAUUCUGAGCAAGAUGCACGAGUUCAAAAUCUCGAGAGAAAUAUAACUUUGACGUGGAAAAGUAUGGAAGACAAGUUGAAAAAAAUUGAAGAAAAAAUGAGCGUCAUCUUGCGAGCAUCUUGUAAAGAUAUCUUGGCAAGAAAUAAAUUCACAGCAUCAGGAGUCUACUGGAUCCAGCCUGCAGCCAACAAGCAAUUGCAAGUGUACUGUGACAUGAAAACCCACCGGGGAGGCUGGACCUUGGUUUACAACUACGGCUUUACAAAUUACACUGAUUUUAAAUCGAGCGAGAAUGCCGUAACCCCCCGUCCAAACUGGCCUGAGAAUAGUGCCAACACUCCAAUCUCAACCACUCCCCCGCUCAGCGAGUCACUGCAUAGCCUCGGGGCCGUAGACUGGAAACUUUGGAAGAAUAUUGGUCGAGAGAUAAUGAUUAAGUCAAAUAUCAAUGAUUGGAUUGUAUGUAAACCACAUGGUCAUUAUGGUGGGAGUAUGGUCAUAAGGAAAGAAGGUUCGAUCAGAUGCCGAAAUAUCGAGAGUGUGGCCACCGCCUGUCGUAAUCGUGCACCGGAUAAUAUUCUCUGGCGCUCCGAAGGGCCGGCUCUUUGCGCUUCCUCCUUGCGGUAUUAUUUUUUUGAUGGAGACACGCAUAAUAGCUGGCCAACACAUGAUCCCUGCGGGCGAACACGCCUAAACCAAAAGCAAGGAGUCUCCAAUCCGGGUGGACAAAUCUAUAUUCGAUAGAAGCUACCACACCUUCGUUCCUGCAUGCAUAGUAGCAUAAUUUUGACUUCUAAAAUGUGUUUAACAAUGACUCACAGAAGGGAAUGGUUGUUUUAGUAUAAUUAGAGUUGUUUUUUUAAAAAAACAUAUUUGUUGUAAAAAAUGCAAUUUAAACCAACGUGAACAAAUAUCUUAAACAAAUAAUUUUUCCGACGAUUUAAAUAAAAUAAUGUUUUA